GAGAGGUUGUCUGUUGUUGAGUGCGGCAGGGAGUGGUCUAGAGCUGGAAGUUUGGGGCGGUUUGAGACGACCUCUGACCUGGGCCUCAUGCUCCCACAGCGGUCCGCCUGGUGGUUUGGCCCGGCCUGGCCUACCGGACCGGCUGGAUGGAGCUCGGUGUGGCCAAGGCUCGGCAGAGCUCCUGGCACCGCCUCCUCCCAGCCCGCUCCUGUGGUUGGGGGAAGGCAGGACUGACGCAGAAUUUUCCUCCUCCUCUUCUGGUGGGUCUGAAGAUGACAACAGCAACACGACAAGAAGUCCUGGGCCUCUACCGAAGCAUUUUCAGGCUUGCACGGAAAUGGCAGGCAGCAUCAGGGCAGAUGGAAGACACCAUCAAAGAAAAACAGUACAUACUAAAUGAAGCCAGAACACUGUUCCAGAAAAACAAAAAUCUCACGGACCCGGACAUGAUUAAGCAGUGUAUAGACGAGUGCACAGCCAGGAUUGAGAUCGGACUGCAUUACCAGAUUCCUUAUCCAAGGCCAAUUCAUCUGCCUCCAAUGGGUCUCACCCCACUACGAGGCCGGAGACUACAAACCCAAGAGAAACUGAGGAAACUUUCCAAACCAGUGUAUCUGCAGUCUCACGACGAAAUUUCCUAAUGGAAAGGACAAUUGGCUUUUGAGAAUGGUGAGGGGACUUGGUUUUGAAUGUAAAUCAGGCAACAUGCCCUUCUUGAUUGGAAGCAAAACCAACACUUCCUUUAGACCUCCAGAGUUGGUCCUCACCUAUGACAUGUGAGCAUCCCUAGGAUUUUUGGUGGCCUUGCUGCUGCCUAAGCCAAUGACAUUGCCUCUAGAGGUCAUGGACCUUAAGUCUUCACCGAAGUCAUCCUUGGGAGCAAGUCUAAGGCUUGUGGAGGAAGGCUGAAGGCAGUUGCUGGGACCACCAUUCAACACACAUCAACUGAUCAAAGGGGGUCAACUGGUUGCUGCAGAUUCACAUGGCUACCAAACUCUGUUGCUCCCAAAAUACUUAGUAGAGGUUUAUCCACAAGUUAUUCGUAUGCUUAAAAGUGAUUUCUGUAUAGGCAUCUUGUGGUCACCUGACUCUUGUAAUUUCCAUAUAUACCCCAUUAGAAAGGGCAGCUUUGGAUUGAUCAUACUUUGUUUUGUUUUGGGUUUAUUUUUUUAUAGGGAGGUGUUUGAGACAGGGUUUUUCUAUGUAACACUUGCUGGGCUAGAAUUCUCUAUGUAGACCAUACUGGUGUUGAACUUGUGUUGUUCUUCCUGCUUCAGCUUCUCGAGUGCUGGAAUUACAUGAUCAUGUGGUUUUUUUUUAAUGGAAAUAUGGUCUGGCACCCUUCUCCCUGUUGAUAAUUGGAACUACCUGCCUUAGUUCUGUUUACCCCGUCUUAAGUGUGACUACUUAAAAUGCAGUUAGGGUCUAAAAGCUUCCUUGACAUUUACCCUGCAUUCUUCUGUUCUACUUUAACCUAAUUUAAAAGCACAAGGUCCAGCUGACUUCCAAGUUAUAUCCAGACAGAAAUAGGACAGAGAGCAUGUGUGGAGUCGGGUGGGAGUUCACAGCACACUGUUUGCACACCAGCAGAGAGUGGACCUCACUAAUAAAGAUAAAUGUCUACUUAUUUGGGCCUCUUUGUGUUCUUUUCUGUAAUGGGCUUGUGACCCUUAGAAACAGCAGAAGGGCUGUGCCUCGUGUGAGGAGAAGCAUCCUUCUUAUGUUCAAGGAACAUACUUCAGGGAUUGGCAAUAGCAGGGAGAACAAAUUGUAUACUGUGUCCAUCAGUGAAGUAAUAAAUAGUAUGUAGGCAUUCAACACAAAUACAGUGAUAGGCCUUGGCGAGGAAAGAAAUGUCAGUGUGUCAGCGGGCAUAUUGGCUGUUCUGAGGACCUAGCCCAGACUAGCUUGAACUGGAAAAAAG